GACCAAAAACCACCCGCCAAACUAUCCAUCGUCAUUUACUCCUACUUCCGCGACUUACCAUUCCACCACCCACCCCCUUUGAUAAAUUUUUUUUCUCCCUUUAUAAACUCCAUCCUCACAACCUUCUCCAUAAUCAUUAUCAUUUAUCUUUUCAAGUUAAUAUCUUCUUUAGCUAUAGCACAUACCAAACAUGGCUCUAGCCAUUUCUUUAUCCACCCUUCUCUUCCUUUUCUUCUUUACUCUAUCAUCUGCCAUGAACAUGUCAAUUAUCAGCUAUAACUAUGAUCAUCAUCCUAAAAGCUGGAGAAGCGAUGUCGAGGUCAUGAACAUGUACAACUGGUGGCUUGCAAAGCAUGGUAAAACUUACAAUAAGAUUGGGGAGAGGGAGGAGAGGUUUGAGAUCUUUAAGAAUAACUUGAGGUUCAUCGAUGAACACAACUCUAAAAAUCGUACCUAUAAGGUUGGAUUGACUAGGUUUGCUGAUCUUACCAAUGAAGAGUACCGUGCCAUGUUCUUGGGCACAAAGAGUGAUCCUAAGCGUAGAGUAAUGAAGUCUAAAAACCCCAGCCGUAGGUAUGCUUUUAAGGCCACUGACGAAUUGCCAGAGUCCGUCGAUUGGAGAAAGGAAGGAGCUGUUAAUCCUAUCAAAGAUCAAGGAAGUUGUGGUAGCUGCUGGGCAUUCUCAACCAUAGCUGCAGUAGAAGGAAUAAACAAGAUAGUGACAGGGGAACUAAUCUCUCUAUCAGAACAAGAAUUGGUAGACUGUGACAGAUCAUACGAUGCAGGUUGCAAUGGAGGCCUCAUGGACAACGCCUUCCAGUUCAUCCUCCAGAAUGGUGGCAUUGACACCGAACAAGAUUAUCCAUACCUUGCCGUUGAUGGCACUUGUGACCCAACCAAGGUGAAUAAUAAGGCUGUUACCAUUGAUGGGUUUGAGGAUGUUAUUCCUUUCGAUGAGAAAGCUUUGCAGAAAGCUGUGGCAAAUCAACCUGUCAGUGUUGCAAUUGAAGCCAGCGGCAUGCCUUUGCAGUUCUACCAGUCGGGUGUGUUCAGUGGUGAAUGUGGAUCAGCGCUAGACCAUGGAGUGGUCAUUGUUGGAUAUGGAACAGAUCAAAAUGGCAUGGAUUACUGGAUUGUUAGGAAUUCAUGGGGCCGAGACUGGGGUGAGAAUGGAUAUAUCAGGAUCCAGCGCAAUGUGGUUGACACAUACGCUGGCAAAUGUGGAAUUGCAAUGGAAUCCUCUUAUCCCAUCAAGAAUGCCCAGAACCCUUCUCAAACUUCUGAGGCUGCUGAGAAGAUCAACAGCGCUUGAAGCUUCCUCUUGCCUCUUUCAAGAAAAGGGUACAAAGAAAGAUCAACAAAGGUGUGAAUUAUGAUGGCUACUUGAUUUAUUAUGUCCUGUAAUAAGGAAAAAUUGGGUGUUUGUGUUUGUUUGGAAUGUUGUUGUCGUAUAUAGCUUUACAUUGUCAAAACAGCACCUGAAAAAACUGAAAAUUGUUGUAUCUGGAUGUCAUUUCGCCAUUAAAUAAAUUUAUCAAGCACACUAAAAGCAGUUGUUUCUCUAA